CUCCAACCUUGAGCUCAGCACAUCACACCACAAAGCAGCUAACAAGCAGAGCUUAGCUAAGCUUCUCUCCGAUCAACAAGCUAAGCUAGAUAGGUCGCGGCGUAGUUUAGUCGCGCCGAUCGAAAGUAGGAUCAACGAGGACAUGAGGCUCUCGGUGGCUCUCCUGUGCGCCCUGGUGGCCAUCCAGGCGGCGCUCCUUGUCGCGCCGUCGGAGGCCGGCGAGUUGCAGGUCGGGUACUACGACAAGAAAUGCAGGGGCGUGGAGAACGUCGUCAAGUGGCACAUCAUCAAGGCCCUCAAGGUGAACCGCCGCACCGGCGCCGCCCUCGUCCGCCUCCUCUUCCACGACUGCUUCGUCAGGGGGUGCGAUGGCUCUGUCCUCCUUGACGCGUCCGCGGAGAACCCUCACCCAGAGAAGGAGGCCGCGGUGAACAUCGGGCUAGCCGCCUUCGACCUCCUGGAGGAGAUCAAGGCGGCCGUGGAGCACAGAUGCCCCGGCGUGGUGUCCUGCUCGGACAUCCUCAUCUACGCGGCCCGCGACGCGGCCAGCAUCCUCAGCAACGGGAACAUCCACUUCGACGUCUCCGCGGGCCGCCUCGACGGGCUCGUCUCCUCGGCCCACGAGGCCCAGCAGGAGCUCCCGGACUCCACCAUGACCGUGCAGCAGCUCAUCGACAACUUCGCCCGCAAGGACUUCGACGUGGAGGAGCUCGUCAUCCUGUCCGGCGCGCACUCCAUCGGCGUGGGCCACUGCUCCUCCUUCACGGGCCGCCUCGCCGCGCCGGCCCAGCAGAUCGACCCGGCCUACCGCGGCCUGCUCAACUACAAGUGCGCCGGCCAUGGCAAUGGCAACCCGGCCGUGGUCAACAACGUCCGCGACGAGGACUACGAGGCCGUGGCCAAGUUCAUGCCGGGGUUCACCAGCCGGGUGAGGAAGAUCAGCGACUUCCUGGACAACAGCUACUACCACAACAACCUUGCCAGGAUCGUCACCUUCAACUCCGACUGGCAGCUGCUCACGCAGAAGGAGGCGCUGGGCCACGUCCGCGAGUACGCUGAGAACGCCACGCUCUGGGACGGGGACUUCUCCGAGUCGCUGCUCAAGCUCAGCAAGCUGCCCAUGCCGGCCGGGAGCAAGGGCGGGAUCAGGAAGAAGUGCAGCAUUGUCAGCCACACGCUGCCGUACUGAUAAAUCGUAGAGUACGUGCAGGGUGGCGGGACGGCGGGCGAGAGAUGGAUUCAUGGAAAAAAGGAGCCUGUUGCGUGUGUGGACUAGCUUGGAGUUCAAUAAUGUCGUGGAUUGAUUGCUUUGUCGACGCUCUAUCCAUUCUUUUGAUUCCCAUUGGUUGUACUUAACUUGUGUGUUUCUGAUCAGCUCUUUUAAUUUGUUCUACAUAAUUAUAAAUGUAUAUUUGCAAUAAAGCUAUACGUUCUUGCAA